UUUGUUUUUCUAAACGACAACUUAAGUUGAUAUCUAUGUAGCCUUUGCAUUUCAUCAAACGUAUUGACGUAAUUUACUAUUUGAUUUUCUCCUAAAUACUGAACGCUAGAUAGUUGAGCUAUAUGUAACGUUAGCUAGCUAGGUAACGUUAGAGGAUUAGCUUUCAUCUGCCCAAUUUCUCUCCUAUUGCUCAAUGUGUUUUAGUAGAGUUACCUAGCUGGUGAUGUUCUCGGUUUGACUAACGAUUUAGAAUGGCAAACUAAGCCAGCCAGUUCCCCGCACAUAUUUAGCUAGCUAACUCGUGUGUUUGAUCGAUGGCACUGAUACUUCUGCUUUUGUCCGUUGGAGGAAGAGGAAGAGGAAGAUGACAGAGUAAGGGGAUUGACGUGCUGACUGAGACACCAGACCAGACCACAGCGGGAACAGCGACUGGCUGACGGACAGGACAGCGAGGCAGACAAAGAAGAGGAAGAAUGCCGAGGAGAAAACAGUCGAACCCACAGCCCGUGAAAUCAGUUGUUUGUACUAUUCACGUGAACGGGGCAUGUUUAAUCCCAACGAAUCGAUCCUGGAGGCUCGGGUUGCAAAGAAGAAAUAAGGGCAGUGAGGAGCUGACGACCUGGAAAAGCCUCCCGCUUCAUUAGACGGUGUGGAUUGUAAUCCAGGAUGCCUGGUUCUGGACAGUGACUUCCUGCUUAGUGGAGAGCUCUGUGAGUUUGGAGACACGGAGAUCAUGGGGCUGGACAGAGACACAGCCAUGACGGUGUUCUCUCUGAGUGAUGAAAGCUCCAGCCUUCCAGCUCCGGAUGACUCCACCUUCCCAGCAUUCCUCUCCUGUAAGGGGUGUGGUCAACUGAUUGGGGCCGACCUUGACCUAGGGGCGGGACUACACUUGGGGGUGGGACUCUACUGCACGACCUGUGAGGAGGACGUCCAAUCAGAAUCGCACACAGCCUUGGAGGACACCUCACAAGGGGAGGAGUCAACCACAGCUGUCCAAUCCCAUGCGGUGCAAGACAGGAAGAGGAAGAGGAGUAAGGCGGGUGAUGAAGAAGUCUGUAUGAAGCUGUACACAUGCUCUCUGUGUAGUUUCUCCUCUCGCUACUCCAACCAUCUCAAACGCCACAUGAGAACCCAUGAUGGAGAGAAGCCCUACCGCUGUCCCCACUGCCCCUACGCCUCUACACAGAGGGUCAACCUGCAGAGACACACACGCACACACACCGGGGAGAAGCCCUACCUCUGCAACGCCUGCAGCUAUGCCUGUAGUUCCCUGGGGAACCUGCGGAGGCACCAGCGCUCGCACAGCCAGGAACCCCGGGCGCAACGCGCGCACACACUGAAGAGACGCAGCAGACGAAAACACACACGCCGAGGAAAGGCUGAAGUUAAGAGCACACAAUCAGAUGCCAUGGUGUCAGACCUGACAGUGUGUAUGAGGGAGGACUCUGAUUUCCUCCAGAACCGAGAGGGGGUAGCCUCUCCCUCCUCCCCCCGUCUCCCCCCCUCCGCUCCCCUCCCUGACCUCCUCUUCCCCCUCUGCUGUCGCUCCUGUGGCCUCAACCUGGAGGGAGAAGGAGGAGAGACGGAGGAGGAGGGCGGAGGGCAGGUGUGUAAUAAAUGUUCUGAGUCUCUCAUCUCCAAGAAACCAGGGUCCCCCAGCCCCACUGACACACUCCAGUCAGGGGCCAGUAAGCUGUAUCGCUGCCCUCUCUGCCCCUUCCUCUCCCUCUACCCCAACCACCUGGCCAGACACGCCCACACCCACAGCGGGGAGAAGCCCCACCGCUGCCCUCAGUGCCCUUACGCCUCGGCCCACCUGGACAACCUGAAACGCCACCUCCGGGUCCACACGGGGGAGAAGCCCUACCGCUGUCCCCAGUGCUCGUACGCCUGCGGGAACCUGGCCAACCUGAGGCGCCAUGAGAGGAUUCACUCUGGAGCCAAGCCGUUCCACUGCUCUGUGUGUGGCUACAGCUGUAACCAGAGUAUGAACCUGAAGAGACACAUGCUGAGACACACGGGGGAGAAGCCGUAUGGCUGUGCUGAGUGUGACUACACUACGGGACACUGGGACAACUACAAACGCCAUCAGAGGAAACACGGACACAACACCGACAGCUGGGACAAACACACACACCAGGACACUACAGCAGACAGCUGGGACAAACACACACACCAGGACACUACAGCAGACAGCUGGGACAAACACACACACCAGGACACUACAGCAGACAGCUGGGACAAACACACACACCAGGACACUACAGCAGCAGACAGCGGGGGCUGGACCACAGAGGAGAAAACGGAGAAACACACACCACCACAUACCACAGACCAACACUGGGUUCAAGAGACAGGGAACCAUAGCCAGGGAGAGGUGUAGUCGGGGGGGAGGGGGUGUGUGUUUAUUACACUAGUGACCCCCUUCCUCUGUGCUCAGGCCUCAGAGGGGUGGGGCUUAUCUCAGGUGCCUCUAGAGGCGGAGCUACAUGAGCCAUCGUACUGCAUGUGAAUGCUGCACUGACCUUUACCUUGGGCAUUAAAGGGCAUGUGGGCGUGCCAUUAAAGGGCAUGUGGGCGUGCCAUUAAAGGGCAUGUGGGCGUGCCAUUAAAGGGCAUGUGGGCGUGCCAUUAAAGGGCAUGUGGGCGUGCCAUUAAAGAUUGAUCUUGUUUUCGAAUGGUAACAUUCUGUUUUUAAUUCAGUGGAUUCUAUGUUUAAAAUUGUUUUGAUUGGAUUGCAGCCCAUUUCACAAUCAGGUUUUGUGUGACUAAUAUUUUUUAUUAUUAACUGCAAUGAACCCGAAUUGUAAAAGUGUACAAAUUUAAAGGUUUAUAUUUGAGUUAUUUUCUUAAUCAUUAUUUCAACAAUGUUUCACAGCUGAGUGCAAGGCUACUCAGAGAAUGGACAGGGCCACUGUAAUGUUCUGUCUGCACACCUUGCCUUAUACAUCUCUCCAAACCUGAAAUAAAGACAGUCAACUGUGAA